UAUUACGACAGUGCUCGGCUUCUCGCGACCGUCUUCACCCGCUGCUAUAUUAACAAUAAUCAUUCAAAAACUUUCUCGCAUAUCUGUUGCAAUAUCCUUUAUAGAUAGACAUAAGAUAUCCUUUAUCGGUAAUCAAAUCUCUCGUCGGCCACAUCAAGAUACACGACAGCAGUUUCUGUCAGAUCGUAUUGUCGACACGUCUCGGACUAAAUCUUUGGGCUUCUUAUGGCAACGUUGGAAAUGAAAGUUAUAGUUUUAUAGGGUCAAUGUAAAGGAACGACGUGCAUCCUGCGUGGUGAGCGAACGAACGAGUAGAAAGCUUCAACGGGCUUCGCAGCGCGACUUGAUGUCGAAGUGUCGCAAGGACAGUGUGAAUGUGGAUCUGGACGACAUCUUGCGCGAGCUGGGGCCAUGGGGCGCGUUCAAGUACCGCAAUUACUGCCUCAUCAUCCUGCCCAUCAUAUUUAGCGCCAUCUACAAUGGACAGUACGUCUUUAACGCCGGGAAACCUAACUAUAGAUGUCUGGUGCCGGAAUGCGAGUCAUCCCCGCCAAUGUGGACUCCCGAGGAGUGGGGGCAGUGGGCUCUGCCGGGAGGGGACCUGAACAGUUGCGAGCGGCGCGUGCCCGUCAAUAGCACCUGCAAGGAAAAUUCUUUCCUCAACAGUACACAGCAAUGCACCAGUUGGGUCUACGAGACCAACAACACCAUCGUUGCUGAGUUCGACCUGGCCUGCCAGGAGUGGAGACGCACGCUGGUAGGCUCCAUCCACAGCGCCGGCCUCUUUACUGCGCUUCUAUUCAUCGGAUUUAUUUCAGACACAGUGGGGCGGCGCCACACGUUCAUCAUAACGGCGACGUUGCCGGCCGUGGCGGGACUGGUGCGCGCCUACUCUACCAGCUACUCAAUGUACGUGGCGCUCGAAUACUUCGAAGCGCUAUUCGCCUCGGGCGCCUACACCACCGGUUACAUUCUCGCGCUUGAAAUGGUUGACCUGGACAAAAGAGUUAUAGCAGGCAAUGGUAUGUCCAUGUGCUUCGCGACGGGUCAAAUGCUACUGGCCAUAUUGGCGUGGAUGUUUCCUUACUGGCGGACUUUGACAAAAGUGUUAUAUGUGCCGUCUUUUUUCUUUAUUUUUUAUUACUUAUUUCUGGUAGAAAGUGUACGAUGGUUGCUAAGUAAGGGGAAGAAGAUGGAAGCGGCACGUAUUAUUUUUAAAGCAGCUGCCGUUAAUGGCAGACAACUGUCGGAAGAGACAAUCCGACAGCUGACGACUGACAGUCAAACGUCGCAGAAGAAUGUGAAAAAACAAGAACUUGGCAAAGGGCGAUUACGACGGCUGCUGUGGCUGGAAGUGCUGCAGUCGCGCAUCUUAAUGACACGGCUUGUCAUUUGCUCAUUCUGGUUCAUCUCUGUUACAUUUAUCUACUACGGACUGUCUAUCAACUCCGUAACGCUGGCGGGCAAUAUGUACAUCAACUACGGGCUCACGGCUGUGGUGGAAAUCCCCGGCUACAUCAUCAGCAUCAUGACCCUGGAUCGCUUUGGCCGCAAGCACUCCAUCAUCACCGCUUUUUUCGUCUGCGGCGUGGCACUCAUCGCAAUGCCUUUCACCACCACGCGCGAGGCGGUGCAGCUGGGACUAUCGCUGAUCGGCAAAUUUGCGUCGAGCAUGGCCAUCAGCGGCAUCUACGUCUACUCCCUGGAGAUGUUCCCCACGGACUCGCGGCACGGGCUGCUGGCUAUCUGCUGCCUCUCGGGUCGGCUAGGGUUACUCUUGGCGCCCUACUCACCAUUACUGAUGCGAGUGAGCCCGUCGCUGCCGUACCUGGUGUUCGGCGUGCUGGCGUGGUGCGCGGGCGCCCUGAUGCUGUUCACGCCCGAGACGCUGCGCGCGCCUCUGCCGGACACCGUGGCGCAGUCCGAGCAGCUGGCCGCCUCACCCACGCCCCGCCCACUCGCCAAGCACUCGAAGAUCUUUCGUACGGCUUAACUCUGUUCCCGUCUGCUGUGUUGCCGUCGACGGGCCAGUAUACAUACAGCGACAUGUCCGUUUCAGGGCUAAUCCAAGGCUACGCUACGAAGUAGUAUUGAACCGAAGUAUCGUAGUCGCUCGAGGACCAAUUAAUUAGUAAGGCAAAAUGCAUUUAGUGAUAUUUUGAUAACAUUUAUAAUGCGUAGGUACCCAUUGUUGAUCAACAUAUUACCUUUUCAUUAUAUAAGUAAUUAUAUUAGCAUUCGUUUUUAUUUUCC